UCUUUUUUUAACAUGUCAUUGAUGAUAAUAAAUCUGUGUGGUUUAUUUAUCAUGUUCUUCUGAAUAAAAUAGAAUGAUAUUUCGUUACAGAAUUUUAGGGAAGUGUCAUAACAUUAAUUGGAUAAAAUGAAGCUAAACAGUUUUACAAAAAUUUGUGGCACCAACAUUGUGCUUGUGCCUUAUAAGAAACAUCAUGUCCCAAAAUACCAUAUGUGGAUGAAAUCUGAAGAAUUACAGAAACUAACUGCCUCUGAACCAUUAUCUUUAGAAGAGGAAUACAGCAUGCAAAAAUCUUGGCUUGAUGAUGAAGACAAGUGUACUUUUAUAAUUUUACUAAAAGAGAAAGAGCAAGAUGAAAUAGAAGCUAUGAUUGGUGAUACAAAUAUAUUUAUAACAGACAAUGAAAAUAAAGUCGGAGAAAUAGAAAUCAUGAUAGCAGAGAAAGCUGCUCAAGGCAGACAUCUUGGAUGGGAAGCGGUGAUUUUAAUGCUACUAUAUGGAAUACAGUUCAUAGGACUAAAGGUGUAUGAAGCCAAAAUCUCAAUGAGUAAUCACAAAAGUAUCCAAAUGUUUAAAAAACUUGAUUUCAAAGAAAAAUCAAAAAGUGAUGUGUUUCAAGAAAUCACAUUUGAGAGAAAUGUUACCAGUGUUUGGUUAGAGUGGCUACUCAAGCAGUUUAAACUUGAUAUAAAAGAAUAUUAAAAUUUUAA